AUGCGUUACAAAGAGUUGAUGUUUUACAGGAAAAAGAAGCAAAGAAGGAAGCUUUUAGAAGUAUUAGAUUCCAGUGGAGUUCUUGAUGCUCUUACAAAAGUUCUGGUGGCAUUGUAUGAGCAAAAUGACAAGCCUUCUUCUGCCCUCGAGUUUAUUCAACAAAAAUUAGGAGGUCCUAGUGUAUCUGAUUAUGAAAAGCUACAAGCUGAAUUGUCAGAUUUGCAGAUGAAAUAUAAUGAUCUUUUGGCUGCACAUCAAGAAACUUGCAAAGAGCUAGACGAACUUAAGAAUUCAAAUAACAUGGCAUCUGCAAAAGAGACUAUGGACGGGGAAGCACAGGCACAGGCACAGGCACCGAAGGAGGAAGUCUAAAGAUCCUGUGCACU